AUGGAUUGUCAUGAGAACCUACCCAAAAUGGUGUCAAUACCCAAAAAAAAAAGUGUGCCAUGUGAGCUACUCCGAAAGGUAUUAAAAGAUCACUUUGAAAUCUUACAACGCUGCCGAGAUUUAAAACUUAAAUUUGGAACACACUCUAUCGUUUGUGUAGAAGCUGCUGGGUUUAACCGCAUAUCUGAUACAAAUAGACUGGGUUGUAGCGCCUGUAAACUCGAAAUCUCGAAUUGGACGUCAGGAAAAACACCAUUUGCUCUUCAUUCUGACAAAAGCCCUACCUGUUCCUUUGUCCUAUCCAUCUUACCUUCAGAAAAAAUCAUCGAUCAUGCAACUGCCUCUUUACUUACAACUAUGGCAUCACUACGAUCAACCUCUACUGAUCACACAUCGUUUCGUGCGCUCACACCUCUCCUAAUCGAAGUGGACGCUCUUAGACGCAUACGAAAGCGCACUUUUUCACACUGGCCAUCCUCAUCCUCUUCGUCAUCGUACCCUUCCGCAUCGCAAAUGAUUCAAGCUGGUUUCUUCUAUUGUAAUAUUGGUGAUCGAGUGAUGUGCAUCUAUUGCAACAUAAUCUGUCAUCAAUGGACUUGUACUGAUGAUGAUGAUCCAUGUGAGGUACACAGGAAGUUAUCGCCAAACUGUCCAUAUGUUCGACUGACAUCGAUCAACUCAGCUGCAUCAUCGAUUGCCAUUAUCAAUGAUCAUUUUACUUCGAAUGUUGCAACAUCAUCUUCUGAUGACAGGAUCUAUCGAUUCGAUGUUAUUGUUCCUACAACUGCGAUUAAUCCAAUGUAUAUGGAAGUAACUCAGAGAUAUUUAUCUUUUUCGACAUGGCCCGGUGACAAUUUGCCAUCGGUAGAUGAUUUAGUGAAGAGCGGCUUCUUCUACACGGGUAAAACAACAAUGGUGACAUGUUUUUACUGUAACGGAUCAGUGGAAAAGUGGAGCGCAAACGACGAUCCGUUGAUCGAGCACGUUCGCUGUUUUCCACACUGUGCGUACGCGAAGCAAAUGUGUGAUAGUGAGACGUAUCAAAGAGUUCAAUAUGCAAAACUACGAGCUGAACAAAAGCAAACGAAUUCGAGCAUGGUUACGAGAGACUCAACUAACAAGAAGGAGAUUUUAGAUGAUGAUCGAUCAUUAGCAAACGACAACGGUAUAUUAAUGCGAUGUGUGGCUGCCAGACUGGAUCUUCCUAUAUCUAUGAGGCUAGUUGAACGAGGUUUUAAGUUGUCUAUCAUCAAACGAUGUUGGGAAGACCAGUUGCAAAUAAAACAUGACGAUUUUAUUGAUGAAUGCGAUCUAAUGAUGGCGUAUAUGAUUCUACAAAAACAGAUCGACUGUAUUGCUGGAAAAAAUGAAAACAUUAUUGUACCACACAUCGCAAUGUACGAACUUCGGAGCAAAGAAAAUAUCGAAAUUCAACAUCGUGCACCCAAGUCAUUUGGAUCCAUGGGAUUAGCGAAGCAUGAUCCAAGUAAAUCGAGAGAAUCGUCGACAUCUCCUUCAGACUUUCUAUCGGCAAGUGAACAGCAGCACAAAGUAGACAACGGAAACGUGGAAGAAGAUAUGAUAUCAACUAACAAUUGUUGUGUAUUAUGUUUCGAGGAAGAGAAAUGUUUGGCAUGUUUGCCAUGUGGCCAUCUAGCUACUUGUAUACCGUGUGGACAUUCUCUACGUAAGUGCCCAAUCUGUCGAAAUGAUAUCGAUGGGUUCGUAAAGAUACACAUGUGA